UUCCCUUCCCUCGUCCUCUCACUCUCAGUGUCCCUGCAUAACUUACACUCUUCUCUUCACCAACCUCCUCACCAUGAGCAGACAAGCCAGUAAGAUAUCAGGUGGCGGAAGCCAGGGUUUCUCCGGCCGCUCUGCUGUGGUCUCCGGCAGCAGCAGGAUGAGCAGUGUGGCCUGGUCCGGGGGAGCAGGUAGAGGGGCCUGUGGCUUUCGAAGUGGAGCAGGCAACUUUGGCAGUCGCAGCCUCUACAACCUGGGUGGCAACAAGAGCAUCUCCAUCAGUGUGGCUGCUGGUGGCUCCCGGGCUGGUGGAUUUGGUGGAGGGCGUAGCAGCUAUGGCUUUGGGGGUGGCUAUGGAGGUAGCUUUGGUGGUGGCUUUGGUGGUGGCAGAGGAAUGGGAGGUGGCUUUGGUGGAGCUGGUGGCUUUGGAGGGGCUGGUGGCUUUGGUGGCCCUGGUGGCUUUGGUGGGCCUGGCAGCUUUGGGGGUCCUGGUGGCUUUGGCCCUGGUGGCUUUCCCGGGGGAAUUCAGGAAGUGACUGUCAACCAGAGCCUCCUGCAGCCCCUCAAUGUGGAGAUCGACCCCCAGAUUGGGCAAGUAAAGGCCCAGGAGCGGGAGCAGAUCAAGACCCUCAACAACAAGUUUGCCUCCUUCAUCGACAAGGUGCGGUUCCUGGAGCAACAGAACAAGGUCCUGGAGACCAAGUGGAACCUGCUCCAGCAGCAGGGCACAAGCUCCAUUUCAGGCACCAACAACCUUGAGCCUCUUUUUGAGAAUCACAUCAACUACCUGCGGAGCUACCUGGACAACAUCUUCGGAGAGAGAAGCCGCCUGGACUCUGAGCUGAGGAGCAUGCAGGAACUGGUGGAGGACUUCAAGAAGAAAUAUGAGGAUGAAAUCAAUAAACGUACAGCUGCUGAGAAUGAAUUUGUGACUCUGAAGAAGGAUGUGGACACUGCCUAUAUGAACAAGGUGGAGCUUCAGGCCAAAGUGGAUGCCCUGCUAGAUGAGAUCGACUUCCUGAGGACCCUCUACAAUGCUGAGCUGUCCCAGAUGCAGAGCCACGUCAGUGACAUGUCUGUGGUGCUGUCCAUGGACAACAACCGCUGCCUGGACCUGGACAGCAUCAUUGCUGAGGUUCGUGCGCAGUACGAGGAGAUCGCCCAGAGGAGCAAGGCCGAAGCGGAGGCCCUGUACCAGACCAAGUUGGGGGAGCUGCAGACCACGGCUGGCAGGCAUGGGGAUGACCUAAGAAAUACCAAAAGUGAGAUCAUAGAGCUCAACAGAAUGAUCCAGAGGCUGCGAGCAGAGAUUGAGAAUGUCAAGAAGCAGAAUGCCAACCUGCAGACGGCCAUUGUGGAAGCCGAGCAGCGUGGGGAGAUGGCCCUCAAGGACGCCAAUGCCAAGCUCCAAGAGCUGCAGGCUGCCCUACAGCAGGCGAAGGACGACCUGGCCCGGCUGCUGCGUGACUACCAGGAGCUGAUGAACGUCAAGCUGGCCCUGGAUGUGGAGAUUGCCACCUACCGCAAGCUGCUGGAGGGCGAGGAGUACAGGAUGUCUGGAGAGUGUCCAAGUGCUGUCAGCAUCUCCGUGGUCAGCAGCAGCAGCGCGACUUCUGCCUCAGCAGGUGGCUACGGCGGAGGCUUGGGCGGUGGCUUCGGCGCUGGAGGCGGCGCAGGCAGUGGCUUUGGCCGGGGAGGCGGCGGUGGAAUCGGCGGUGGAUUUGGAUUUGGAGGCGGCAGCAGCAGCAGCGGUUUCAGCGGUGGCAGCGGAUUUGGCUCUGGCUCCGGGGCCCGCUAUGUAAUCAGUGGCGGGGGCUUCAGCUCGGCCAGCAACCGGAGCGGCAGCAUCAAGCUCUCUCAGUCCUCCCAGCGCUACUCCAGAUAAAGAGCGUGCAUCAGCAUCUCAGCCACCCCAGCGUCUCUCCUCCGCUCCCCAUGCCCCCAUAUCAGCAACACCCCCAGCGCCACCCCCUGCUCCCCAAGAACACGGCUCCGCGCUGGAAGACUGGUGGCCUCCUGCUCCUCCUUCCAGAUCCCUGGCCAAGCCCAGCCACAAGAAUUUCAGGCUCCCCACUCUGGCUGCAGCUUGUGCCUGUGUGUGGCCUAGGCGGCCACCUUCUGCUGCCCCGGGGUCCCCUCCCUGGGUGGGGUGCUCUCCACAGUUCUGAUGUAUAUAGCCCACAGUCCCCUCCACCCCUCUGGUCUGUAGCCAAUAAAGUGCACUGUGUUUCA